AAAAAGCUUAAUGCUAAAAAUAUAGUUAGGCAGGAUAUUAACUAUGAGAAAAUUGAAAAAAUUGAAGAAAUUGGCAAUGAAUAUAGUGAAAAAUUCUUCAAUAAGAGAUUGCAGGAACUUGUUGGUAUUUGGAAAAUUAAUGUAAAUACUGUUGAAGAAGUUAACAAACAAUUUCAACUUUUUGAAGUCUGUUCAAGAAACAAACCCAACUCUGAAAACAAAAUUUCAGAUAGCUGA